AUGUCCUUCAUCCUCGCUCUCCUCAUAUUCGGCACCGUCCACCAGUCAGCGCACGGGUAUCUCGUCAACAGCUCACUCUACAGCUCUGGCGCUCUUGGUCCCUCCCCUGCCCAAACAUUCCAUUCCCGAUUCCAGUGGAAAGGAUACCCCAAGACCCAGCCUGCGCUUGUCGCAGAAUUUAAUACAUCCACCGAUGGGUAUGACCUGUGGGUAUCAUGGAAUGGCGCUACGGAGGUGGUGGAUUGGGUUGUCGACGGGUCAUCCCAUUCUUCCGAAGGGAGGUUGCGAGGAGAGAGGUUGAAGACGGAACAGAGGACUGUUGUCCAGUAA